AUGAGGGUGAAAUUUGGAACCUGUAACACUCCCAAGCCAGGCUUCUUUGAUUUUGAGGGAAAGCAGAAAUGGGAGGCUUGGAAAGCCCUGGGAGACACCAGCCCUCAUCAAGCUAUGCAGGAGUAUGUUGCUACAGUGAAAAAACUGGACCCCAGUUGGAAUCCACAGACAACAGAGAAGAGGGGAAAAGAAAGCAAAACCGCAUUUGGAGGCCCAGUUGUCAGCUCAUUGUAUCAAGAAGAAACAAUCAGGGAAGAGGACAAGAACAUUUUUGAUUACUGCAGAGAAAACAACAUUGACUAUGUAACUAAAGCCAUUCGAUCAAAAAAAGUGGAUGUGAAUGUCACAGAUGAGGAG